AUGAACCGACAGUUCAGUUGCAGGUCCGGGUACCGCAGCAAAGGGGGCUUCAGCUCCGGCUCGGCUGGGGUCCUCAGCUGCCAGCGCAGGACCACCUCCACCAGCAGCUCCAUGCGCCGCAGUGGCGGCAGUGGAGGAGGUGGAAGAUUCACGGGAGGGUUCUGUAGCAGUGGGGGUGGCAGUGGUGGCUUUGGGAGCCGCAGCCUGGUCAGCCUUGGGGGCAGUAAAAGCAUCUCCAUGAGUGUGGCCAGAGGGGGUGGACGCUUUGGUGGUGGUGGCUUUGGUGGCGGCGGCUUUGGCGGCAGUUUUGGUAGCGGUGGUGGUUUUGGGGGUGGCGGUUUUGGCAGUGGAGGUGGUUUUGGGGGUGGUGGUUUUGGCGGGGGUGGUUUUGGCGGGGGUGGUUAUGGGGGUGGCUUUGGGCCCGUCUGCCCCCCUGGUGGCAUCCAGGAAGUCACCAUCAACCAGAGCCUCCUGCAACCCCUCAAUGUGGAGAUUGACCCCGAAAUCCAAAAAGUCAAGUCUCGUGAGAGGGAGCAAAUCAAGACCCUCAACAACCAAUUUGCCUCCUUCAUCGACAAGGUGCGCUUCCUGGAGCAGCAGAACCAGGUGCUGCAAACAAAGUGGGAGCUGCUGCAGCAGGUGGAUACCACCACCAGAUCCCAGAACUUGGAGCCCCUAUUUGAAGCAUACAUCAGCAGCCUCCGAAACAGGGUGGACCAGCUGAAGAGCGACCAGUCUCGGAUGGACUCUGAGAUGAAGAACAUGCAGGACCUAGUGGAAGAUUAUCGGAAUAAGUAUGAGGAUGAGAUCAACAAGCGCACGAGUGCAGAGAAUGAGUUUGUGACCCUCAAAAAGGAUGUAGAUGCUGCUUACCUGGCCAAGGUGGACCUCCAGGCCAGAGUUGACAACUUACAGCAGGAGAUUGAGUUCCUCACGACUCUCUACCAAAUGGAGCUGUCCCAGAUGCAGACCCACAUUAGCGAGACCAAUGUGGUGCUGUCCAUGGACAACAACCGCUCACUGGACCUGGGCAGCAUCAUCGCCGAGGUCAAGGCCCAGUAUGAGGACAUUGCCCAGAGGAGCAAGACCGAGGCUGAGGCGCUGUACCAGACCAAGUACGAAGAGCUGCAGGUUACGGCUGGUAGACACGGCGACAGUGUGAAGAACUCCAAGAUGGAGAUAGCUGAGCUGAAUCGCAUGAUUCAGAGACUCCGAUCUGAAAUCGACAGCCUCAAGAAGCAGAUCGCCAGCCUGCAACAGUCCAUCGCCGACGCUGAACAACGAGGGGAGAAUGCCCUCAAGGACGCCCAGAAGAAGCUCAAUGAGCUGGAGGACGCCCUGCAGCAGGCUAAGGAAGACAUGGCACGCCUACUGCGUGACUACCAGGACCUCAUGAACACCAAGCUGGCCCUGGACAUGGAGAUCGCCACCUAUAGGACCCUCCUGGAGGGCGAGGAGAGCAGGAUGUCUGGCGAAUGCGCGCCCAACGUGAGCGUAUCGGUGAGCACCAGCCACACCAGCAUCAGCGGAAGUAGCAGCCGGGGAGGCGGCAGCUACAGUUCUGGAGGCGGCGGCGGCUACGGCUCUGGCGGCGGCUAUGGCUCCGGCGGCGGCGGUGGCAGCUACGGCUCCAGAGGCGGCAGCGGCGGCGGCUACGGCUCCGGCUCCGGGGGCAGCAGUGGAGGCCGCAGAAGCGGCUCUGGAGGCGGUGGCGGCAGCUCAGGCGGCAGGGUUUCUGGAGGAGGGAGCUCUGGUGGCAGCUUCGGCUCAUCGGGAGGCCGGGGGUCCAGCUCUGGGGGGACCAAGACCUCCGGAGGCAGCUCCAGCGUGAAGUUCGUGUCUGCCAGUUACUCCUAAGGAAUCCCGGGCAGCAGCCCUCUCCACUGCUGUCCUUCUCCGCCAACACCCCAGUCUCUCGCUGGGCGGAACCCAGGCCGAUUGCUCCAGCCUGAUUGGAGGAAGGAGUUUGGCUCGCUCCAGCCUCUUGUCUAGUCCCCGCAGCUCACUGUUUCCCUGCAUGCUUCCCCACGUGGUUCCCCUACCCGUGGUAGUCUCAGGACCCAGUUGCAGUACCUGCUCACCCCGGCUUCGUUCUUAGCUCGAACCUGCGUUCAGAGUCCAGCACCAGGCUGCUUAGGACGGCCGGAGCCCCGUGGCUUUCUAGCUCCUUCAGCUAGCUCAGGGCUACUUUUGGUUCCUUACAUCAGGUGCAAGUGAAUUGUUUGCAUUCUGCGGAGA